UCCGUUUGCAUUUCCACCCCCGGCUAAAUAGUCAAAUCUCCAAUCUUAACCCCCCUUCUGCUUCCUGAUCUACAUCUCCCCGGGCACUUAUGCACGCAGAGUUACAUGAGACCCGUUUUCACAGAAGGGGGCAAAUCGAAUCUAUGUAGCUGUCUCACCGCGCUGUCUCGGACUUCGAACAACUGGCUUUUCCAUCCGAAAAUGUUCUUUUUCCACCAUUAACCAUUAACCAUUAACCAUUCAUUCAUUCUCCUUCAUCCACCAGGCAGGGCGCAGGCGCAGGCGCGGCAUGCACAAAGGCAAACCUCAUAACUACAUGUCCGUCCCCGCUCUGCUUGCAUCGAGGAAACACUGGCCCGUAGAGAGUCGCAAAUCCGUAUCCUGGGAUGGGAUGGGGGAUUGGGGGAUCGAGAGUGCGCUCUUUUGUUCUCUAUUGGAUGCUUGAGUCAGAGAUCAGACAAGCAUUUUGUUUUAUUGUUUUGCCCCCCUUGUUCCUCCUGCACGAUCUGGUUGGCGAUGUUUCUUUAUAUUGCUAAGUUUUAUAUUUUUUUAUGUCUUUUUUUCUUCUCUUUCUAUAUGUUUUAUUUUUCCCUUUGUUUUCUUGCCAGUCAGGCGGCUUCAAGGAUCUCGACAGAUCUUCUCUAUCGCGGUUUUUCAUUUGACCGCUUCAUCAACAUUAAGCAUGUUCGAUAUAUUCUGUGUUGUUCUUUUUAUUCUUCCUUUCCGCUUAUUUACCUGCUGAAGUACGCAUUUGCAUAAGCAGUUCUGCUGCACAGAUUUUUAUUUUUAUUUUAUUUUUAUUUAUUUAUUUAUUUAUUUAUUUUUUCAUUUCAUUUCAUUCUCCCCCCUCUAAUAUGAGAAUAAUGGAAGUUUCCUUUCUGAUACAUUCUUGUUCAAUAGAGACAUUCUUUUUCACUUUUCUAUCUGAAACUCCCCUGAGGAGAACUCUCCUUUUCCCCUCUUUAUCUCUCUACUUUGAACUAAAUACUUGAACUAAUUAAUACGUUGUCCUCGCCCAUCCCCAAGCUGUGAAUAUCAAAAUGGCGCCCUGGACCCUCAACCCAUGAUGAAUGAAUGCCUACAAUUAUGGUUUCCCUGAGAGCUUUCUCUUGUUUCCUUCUGCUGGAUGUGCCGUGUCUGCACUGUACAUUAUAAUUUUCUCUGCUCAUCGUCGUCUCCUUACAGUCGAAGCUCCUUUUCUCUUUCUCUUUCUCUUUUUCUGCUUCCAUUCCGGGGGGAAGCGACAGCCCGCGCGGAGACCCGAGCAACUGCAAAAGAAAAAAAAAAAAAAAAAAAGAAGAAGAAGAAGAAGAAAAGAGAAGAAAAGAGAAACAUCGCGAUAAAUCUCUCCUCGACUCUUUUUUUUUUUGUUCCCUUUCUGUACUUCAUACAUACUUACAUACAUACAUAUAUACAUACGUUUCUAGUCCCAUAUAGAGGUGUAUACAUAUAUAUACACAAUCCCUGCUUUCGGCCAGUUCCCAUGCGCCUUCGCUGUAUCACGAUAGUCCUGCCGGCCCGUGCUUCACUGUCGCCCGUCUCAGCUGUUUUUUCUUUAUCGAGCGGAUAUUAUCUGUGUCUUCUCCUUCUCCUGCUCUCUUCUCGUGGGUGAAUGCCAUAUCCCCCUGGCUAUCCGGGUAUCUCGUAUCAGAAGUAAUUCCUACCAACUCUCAAUGUCAACGGGCCUGCAUAUCGAUCGAAUUAGCAUCCGACGUUGACGCACCAUGGUGUUUUUUGUGGAUUGGGCGCUGUGGUUGAAAAUGUGCUUCGUCCUCGGAUGUCUUAUAGUACUGUUCUCCCCGAUCUACCCUCCAUUGAAAGCGUCACUAUGAAUACUCCUAUUCUAACAUAUAUAUGGUUUCCCUCCGCUUCUUUUCACAUGACAGUUUCUUGUACUCGUAUACGGUACCGGGGUUCACAUAUAUAACUCACUGCGGUUGAAAAAACUUCGCGCGGCAGCCGCAACAGAAGCAGCAACUGUACGUACGCCUGCAAUGCUCGAGGCGGGAAGUGAUGAGAUACCCUUCGGCUCGAGGGCGAUAGAACGGGGCAUCGAGGUUGAAGGGAUUUGGAUAUCAAACCCAAACACACCAGCCGGAAGUCCCAUAUGGGGUCCAACGCCGGAUCCUAGUAGGCCGGCAAGUCUAGGAUCCAAGUCGACUCUCGCUUGCCAUCCUCCUCUUCCUUCUAGACGCGGACCUGAUUACUUAUCCCCAAAGAACGCUACCCUUGGCCGCUCCAAACCGGCCUCUGUCAGCUCGCCCCUGCCGUAUCCUGGGGUUCACAACAAUGCCAAUGCGUCGAGUUCAGGAACGAAAGGUAGACGCGCGAAGAGUGAAUUUGUUCCGAGAAACGAGCAGGAGAGCGAGGCUGAAUCACAUACUCCACAGAGCGAUAAUGGAUACUCUGAAUUUGAAUUUGGUGAACUGGGUGGAGGAGUGGAAUCAUCCGACCAGCAGCAGGAGAGCGGGUAUAGUAGUAUAAACUCCCGCAUAGCAGAAGAUGGAAGUGCGUUUGAGCCUCAGGAGUCGAGUUUUAUUACACCUAUUGCUACAGCUUCAGAAAACAACCUACAUUUGCACGGCCGCUCUGUCGAGUCCGAGUCCGGGGCUCUCGAAUAUGUAUCUGGAAACGCGCAACUUCGAUCAGCAAGUGGACCACCUUACGAACAGGCUCACUUGAACUCGAUAGAGAACUGCCGGACUGUUGAUGACCAGCAACAUAGCGAUUUGCUACCGCUUCAUAACCGCAGACGGUUCAGCAUCGCAGAGACAGGCCAGUUUGGGAAUGGGCGAAGUGGGUGUGUCGAGGUGGAUGAUAGGGAUGAUGAAUAUGAUCAUGCGCAUGCUAUUGCAACUCAGUUCAGGGGGCUUCCUGCGGCCCAGGCUGUGUGAGAGUGGUAUGUGUAUGAGGGAGAAAGAGGGUGAAUAUAUGUAUAAAUCCAACUAGGGCGUUGGUUGGGAUUGUUAUUUUUCUCUUGACAAUUCAAUACGGUCCUUUUCAAGAAGAAGGGAGGGACGGCGUGUCGUGCCCGGAAUUGAUUGAAUUGCUUUUGUAUAUCAGAGGAGAGAAAGUUACAUUAUAUCGUUUCUUUUUUUUUUCUUUUUUCUUUUUUCUUUUCUUUCUUUUUUUUUUUCGUUGUUGCUGCCCUUCGUCUUUGCUAUUCACUUCUUCUCUUUCCUCUGUUUAUAGAAAAUAAAUGCAUAUUGUUCAUGGG